ACAAGACCAGAAGCAGCUUUACGCACAGCAACACUCCUCAUAUCGGGUAAUAAACACAUUAGUCCUAAAAGGAACCAUGUGUCUCCUGAAGACUUUGUCUCCCUGGUUGCUGCUGGUCUUCCUCGGUCUGCAGGUCUCUCUGUCCUCCGGUGCGCGCACCAAGACCAACCGGCCUGCAGUGAACGGCACUGGCAAGUUCUCCAACAAGGACGGGAUGAAGUGCACGUGGGGGGCGCGAUACGUCAGUGACACCGUCAGACUGUCGGUGAAGUGCGAGGACCCGGAGGCGCGCGUCACCGGCGGAGUCACCGACAUGCAGUGUGAGUACAACGCCAAACCGCUGAGCUGUCCGGGUUACCUGUCCAACAACAAGGGCUUCUGGAAGCAGGUGGCGCGCGGCAUCAAGAAGCUGCAGGGGAAUUUGUGCCGCAACGAGCGCACGCUGCUGAGGAUCUCCAUGUGCAAGCGCGCUCCACGGGACACGCACUUCAAGCUGGACAUGAACAGCUCCGUGGAGGGCUCUCAGUCCGGAGUACUGGAGACUACACAGCAGCAGACGUCUCCUCCUCCUCCUCCUCCUCCUCCUCCACCACGGAGCUCCGCCUCCACCGACAAGGCGCCCACCGGGACACCGACAGCGUGCACAAAGCGCGCGAACCACCGGAAAACGGCUGAGGAGAAGUGCAGCGGCUCGUGGGCAAGCGUGUGCAACUUCUUUCUGUCCAUGCUGCAAAGCGACGACUGUUAACUUCAGGAGGAGGAGGAGGAUGUGUGACACAUUAGGACUGAAUGUAAGGAUGUAUUUUUAGGACUCAUUGUGUUUGUUUGGUUGCAGCAACACAUUUUUCAUUUUUAAUCAAUAAUUGUCAGAUUUUUUCUCUCCACAAUGUGCAUUUUACAGAAGUGAACUGAGUGAUUUUACCACAAACGCCAUUAUGACAUGUUUCUUUACUCAUGCAGAUGUGGAUAUUAUCAGGUAUUUAUUAAAGGGACUGUUUGUAACUUUCAGAAAUGCUUGUCAACAGCGACGCCUGUGGCCGUUAAGUCAACGAAAGUCAGCGUCGGGCUCGCGCUUGUGCUCGUGAGGCGACACACGUCAGCUAAAA